GAACCUACAACUGUAACAACAGAAGGCAUCACCAAAAAACGUGGCCAUUGGAGUAACGAAGUCGAAUUUUUACUAGCUGUUGUUGGUCUAACAGUAGGAUUAGGAAGUGUCUGGCGAUUCCCUUCAUUAGCGUACAAUAAUGGAGGAAUGACUGCUGUCUUGUUACGAAGGAAUAACUCUGAUUACGCUCCAGGCGCAUUUCUGAUCCCGUUCCUGGUCUGCGCUGUACUAGUUGGCCAACCGAUGAUGUACUUGGAAAUGAUUGUUGGACAGUAUACCCACACAGGGCCCUCGAUGGUCUUUCGCCACUAUGCACCAGCUGUACAAGGUAUUGGAUGGACCAUGGCAAUCACGUCCCUCACAAUAUGCAUGUACUACUCGGUGGUUGUCAGCUGGAGUGGCAUAUAUUUCGUCCUUUAUCUUAUUGGCAAACACGAACAAUGGGAUGGUUGUGACAACGAGUGGAAUGAC